AUGAGAGAAAAGCCCCGUACACCACACGCUGAGUGGAGUGGUGCUGCUCCGGCUCCAGCGGCGGCAACGGUUCACGAUGAGGCGGUGGCGGCGGCGGUGUCGCAGCUGGCGGGUGUGACGCUCGCGCUGCUGGCGGGCGACGAGGCGACGGCGCACUCGCUCGCGGGCGGUGCUGAGCGGAAGCGUGUGACGGUGCAGCGCGUGCUCGCCGCUUACGACGUCUGCGCUUCCGGCACGCUCUCGCGCGAGGAAGCGCAGGCGCUCUUCACGAGCCUCGCGCGCUCGAUCGUGUCGGAGCUUGCGGCCAGCGGCGCCUCGGAGGUUGCGAGAGCCCACGCGCAGCGUAUCCUCGAGGACGACGAGCGCGGGACCAUCGCGCGGGUCGCCUCAAAGCUGCUGCAGCUUGCCGACCUGGAUGGUGAUGGACGCGUCUCUCUCACUGAGCUGGCCGGCCUCUUCGAGGCGGUGCAGCGGGCGCAGCACGCCUCGUCCGACACCUUUCCUCAGCCGCUCCGCGCGCUCGCGGGGAGCUUGCAGCUGCUGCCGCCGACGGAGGGCACUGCGGUCUCCGAGGCCGAGAGAGCGGCGGAGUGGCACAUCGGCAUCCCGGGCGACGACCACACCCUGCGCCGCGUCGAGAUCGGGCGCGAGCUGUCCGUCGUCGGCCUCGGCCGAUCCGCAGACGCCUCGGCCUACUUUUUGCCGGAGCUCGGGCUCUCGCUGCAACCGCGCUGCGUCUUGCUCACGCACGGCCACCGCGACCACACCGCCGCACUGCCCGCCAUGGCGCGGCGCGCGGCGCUCGUCCUCGCGCCGCGCGCCAUCACCGGCCUCGCGCAGCUCAACUUCGGCGACGCGGCGCAGACGGAUGAGGAGACGGUGGCGGCGCUCGGCGACUUUCGGCUCGAGUCCGUCGGCGACGGCGACGAGGCGCGGGGGCGGCCCUUGCCGCGCCGGAGACUGCCCCGAGGGUACGCCGCCCGAGAGCACGCCGCCCGAGAGCAGGUGCUGCUGCCCAAGGAGGCGUACGCCGGCUCUCCGACGCCGCUCGGCGUGCAGGUCUUCGACGCGCCGCACAAGCGAGGCAUCCCUGCGGUCGCGUACGGCGUCUACCGCGUCAAGCGGCGGCUCAAGCAAGAGUACGCGGCGUUGCCGAAGCACGAGCUGGGCGCGCUGCUCGCGAAGGACGUGCCCAUCACCGAGGCGAGGCACGAGGGGCUUCUCUUCUACAGCGGUGACACCACCAUCGAGCUGCUGCGCGCCCGCCACGCCGACAUCCUGCCAAAGUACCCCGCCAUCAUCCACGAGGUGACCUUCUUCGGCAAGCCGUCGCCCGAGCUCGACCAGUCGGUCCGGCAAAAGGGCCACACGCACUACGCGCAGCUUCACCCAUUCAUCUGCGCCUUCCCCGAGACCACCUUCAUCUGCGUGCACUGGUCGCUGCGCUACUCGAGGGAGGACAUCCUCGGCUUCUUUAACAGCUCGUACGGGGGCGUCCCAAAGAACGUCGUGUUGUGGGUGUGA